AUGGGUGGUCGAGUUGGAAGUCGUGUUCGAUUGGUGUCAGAGCGCCGUCUAACUUUCUUCAUUUUUUUGUGUUUACGCUUUGUGUAACGUGUCCAUAAAUAAUCAUGUUAAUAUAGAAUAGUUAGGUUGCCUUGUUCCUUGAGGCGAAAGAACUCCGCAGGAGCCAAAGCCUCUCUAAACCAUACUAACAACAACAUUGCCUUGUUCCAUAUCAGGACACAUGUUCAACACCUAUGGCCUCUGUAAAAGCCCCUUUGUUGGAAAAUGCCGAGAUGUUCGAUCAAGAAGAUAUUCAUCAGGAAAACAAAGUUUCAAAUCAGCUUUUACAUCCAUACGUGACUCUGUUUCAUGUUCUAUUCCGAAUGGCUGCUAUUAUUUCAUAUUUAUUAUGUGGUUGGUUUAGCGACAGUUUUAUAUUUAGCUUUGUAUUUGUUGUGUUGAUGCUAUCGGCCGAUUUUUGGACAGUGAAAAACAUAACUGGUCGCCUACUCGUUGGGCUGCGUUGGUGGAACUAUGUAGAUGACAAAGGUGUAUCAAAUUGGAUUUUUGAGACAAAGGGUCAAAGCUCAUCCAACUUAAAUUAUGCUGAAAAACAAAUUUUCUGGAUUGCGCUCAUAGCCUGCCCAAUUGUAUGGACGGGUUUCUUCGUUAUUGCAAUGUUUGGUUUGAAAUUCAAAUGGAUGCUGCUGGUGCUAAUAGCUCUUGUUUUAAACGGAGCAAAUCUAUACGGUUACAUAAAGUGCAAGUUUGGUGUAACUGCUGAUAUAAGUACCACUACGACCAAUUUUGUCAAAAGACAAGUUUUAAAAAAAGCAGUAAAUUUCAUGGCCUCUAAAAACAACGACCCUGUCAAUGGUACAUCUCGGGACAAUGAGCAACCUAACCCUCAGUCUAUUAAUACGUAACAAAUUUGGUUGAUUUGAUACUACAAUGAGCUUUUUACAAUAAUUUUCUGCUCUAAUAACUUCAACCUUUCCUAGGUAAAUUGUAAAUCGUGUAAGAAAAUGUGCGUAAAAUAAAACAAAAAUGAACAUUUCUUCAACUA